AUGGAGGAAAUAUUAAAUACCGGAAAGAGUGAGAAGGAAAACUUCUUGAGCCUGAACUUCACAUCUCGAGUGCUUCGACUGACCGACAUCCUUGAGAAGACCUACCAACGAGACGGCACCGCCAACCUAACCCGAUUCGACGAGCAGAAGCUGCAAAAACUCGACGAGUUCCGCGAGAAAUUUCUCGAAAAAUUCACCCCCACCGACUCACCGCCCACUUUGUGCCAAAUUCUAAGCAAACUUUGUGAUAAGAUCCACAGGAAGGGUACGGUGGAA